AAAACAAAAAAAAAAACGCUGCGCUAGAUCUUAGAUCACCCUUUGUUGAGCCCCUGGACGGUCUGUUCCCUAGAAACGUGGGGUAAGUGGGGGUACGUCUGCAAUAAAGCGAGAGGCGGCCGAUGGAGAUGGAGGCCCAGUCCUUACAACCUAACCACCCUCCUCCCGGGGUCCAUGAGGCCUGGGCAUCUCGGGGCGCGCUAUGCAGAUUAGCCCGGAAGGCCCUGCCCACCGCCCAUGGCUCCGGAAGCGCCGGGUCCCGGAUCGCCGCGCUCGAGUCCCCAUCGCUGCGCUCCUCUCCCCGCGCUUCCGGCCGCCCCCCCGCCCCCCUCUGUGGACCCGAGCUCCCUGGCGAGAGACCCAGCCGCUCGGCGGCCAUGACGGCGCGGCCGGUGCGCGUGCUUGUGGACAUGGACGGCGUGCUAGCCGACUUCGAGGCCGGCCUCCUGCGGGGCUUCCGCCGCCUCUUCCCCAAGGAGCCGUACGUGCCGCUGGAACAGCGCCGCGGCUUCUUCGCGCGCGAGCAGUACCGCGCCGUGCGGCCCGACCUGGCGGAUAAAGUGGCCAGUGUGUAUGAAGCCCCAGGCUUUUUCCUAGGCUUGGAGCCCAUACCGGGGGCCUUGGAAGCCAUGCGAGAGAUGAGUGACAAACAAGACACUGAGGUCUUCAUCUGCACCAGCCCCCUGCUGAAGUAUGAGCACUGUGUGGGUGAGAAGUAUCGCUGGGUGGAGCAGCACUUGGGACCCCAGUUUGUGGAGCGAAUUAUCCUGACAAGGGACAAGACAGUGGUCUUGGGGGACCUGCUCAUUGAUGACAAAGACACCAUUCAAGGCGGAGAGGAAAUCCCAACCUGGGAGCACAUCUUGUUCACCUGCUGCCACAACCAGCACCUUGUCCUGCCCCCCACCAGGAGGCGGCUGCUCUCCUGGAGUGACAACUGGAGAGAGAUCAUAGACAGCAAGCGCCAAGUGGCACAGCAGAACAAAGGGUCCCUGCAGCGGGCAGUCACUGAAGCCAAAGGAGGGGAAGGUGGGCCCGCAGGGAGUCCCCACCAAGCCCAGUGAGGGAUACUGUGGAGGAGGCAGAUGACAGAACCUCUGUGCUCUCUGCUGGCACAGGCCUGGCCACCUGGCUCUUCCAAGAUGGCUGCCUCUGGAGCAUGGCUGGCAAGGAAAUAGGACUCUUAAUAAAAAACUUUGGCUCU